AUGCGCAGAAAAGGAGAAGAAAACGUAAAGAUUGAGAAGCAUUGGUACAGACCAUACUACAACAUACCAGAGAUUGAGAAGCAUUGGUACAGGCUAUACAAGAUACCAGAGAUUGAGAAGCAUUGGUACAGAUCAUACAAGAUACCAGAGAUUGAGAAGCAUUGGUACAGGCUAUACAAGAUACCAGAGAUUGAGAAGCAUUGGUACAGACUAUACAAGAUACCAGAGAUUGAGAAGCAUUGGUACCGAUCAUACAAGAUACCAGAGAUUGAGAAGCAUUGGUACAGGCUAUACAAGAUACCAGAGAUUGAGAAGCAUUGGUACAGACUAUACAAGAUACCAGAGAUUGAGAAGCAUUGGUACAGGCUAUACAAGAUACCAGAGAUUGAGAAGCAUUGGCUAUACAAAAUACAAGAGAUUGAGAAGCAUUGGUACAGAUCAUACAAGAUACCAGAGAUUGAGAAGCAUUGGUACAGGCUAUACAAGAUACCAGAGAUUGAGAAGCAUUGGUACAGACCAUACAAGAUACCAGAGAUUGAGAAGCAUUGGUACAGAUCGUACAAGAUACCAGAUAUUGAGAAGCAUUGGUACAGACUAUACAAGAUACCAGAGACUGAGAAACAUUGGUAUAGACUACACAAGAUACCAGAGACUGAGAAACAUUGGUAUAGGUUAUACAAGAUACCAUAG